UGAAUCAAAACUUUGCUCCAAUCAUAUUUGAGUCAAAUUUGACUUGGAAUGCUCCAUUGCGCCGUAAAAUUCACAGCCCCGCCUCUACUUCAGCCCAUCUUCGGCUUCCGUUUGAUGGCUCUGCGCAUACUCUCUUCAAGGUCGAAGCGAUCCCUUCCCUCCUUAUCCUACCCAUCAAACCCUAGCUCUCCCUCCCACCCGCAGGGCUCAUCCUCCUCGAUUGAUUCGUCGUCUCUCUCUCACAACCAGCUCGCACACGAACUUUUCGACGUUUUCUCCCAGCCGCCGAACCUCCGCGACUCCGACGUUCUCCGCAAUCUAGGCCGCAGGCUAACUCUCGAGACUGUCGAAAUCGUUCUCAAGGACCUUCGAGGAUGGAGGGCGGCGCACGAGUUCUUCCGCUGGGCCUCAUGGCAAGAGGGCUUCCGCCACAGUUGCUACACCUACAAUGCCAUGGCGGAAAGACUUUCCAGGGCCCGCCGAAGAACCCAGCUAAAGGCUCUGGCGAGAGAGCUUGUCGGCCAUAGAUGCCCGAUGACACCAGGUGCACUGGGAUUCUUGAUAAGGUGCCUGGGCCGUCAAGGCCUCGCAGAGGAUGCUGAGUUUGUGUUCGAUCACGCCAAUGAUUUGAGCUGCAUCCCUAAUUCUUAUACGUACAAUUGCUUUCUUGAGGUUCUGGCUAGAACGGGAAAGGUUGAAUUGGUGGAGACGAGGUUCAGAGAGAUGGUGGAGGUUGUGGGGUGGGAACCUGAUAAGUACACGCUCACCUCUGUCCUGCAAUCUUACUGCAAUUCUCGUAAAGUGGAUGAUGCGCUCCUUAUAUUUAAUAAGAUCAAUGAUAAAUGCUGGUUGGACGAACACAUCUUUACGAUUUUGAUCGUGUCGUUGUCUAAGUGGGGCGAGGUUGAUCGAGCUUGUGAAAUGGUGGAAUUGAUGGAGAAAUUCGGAAUGAGGCCGAAUGAGAAGACGUUUCACGUGCUAAUUCAUGGGAUUUCUAAGCAGGGAAGACAUGAAAAAGCAGUGGAGCUGUUUGAGAAAAUGAAGGGUUUUGGUUUGAAUGGAGAUUUGCCUCUCUUAAGUGUCAUGAUUGAGGGGCUUUGUGAGGGUAAGGAGCUGGAAAGAGCCAUGAUUUUGUACAGGGAAAUGAAAAUAGUUGGUAUUCAUCCAGAUCUUUUGUUGGCCAAGAAGCUGAUUUACUCAGUUUGUGCAGAAGGUGAUUUUAUUACAGCUAAUAACUUGCUUGAGGAAGAAGGUGAAAGUCUGGAUUUGGAUAGUUUAGUUUCACUGUAUAAUGCUGUUCUAGAUGGUCUUGUGAGCCAUGGCGAUGCUGAAUGGGCUUACACAUUGCUAAGGGCAAUGAUGGAACAUUCACCUUCACCAGUGCCACAUUUGACAUUUAACAUUAAGAAGAAAGCUCAACCAAAUCUGGAUUCUUUUGUUAUCGUAAUAUGCAGUCUGUGCAAGACCCAAAAACUUGAUCUUGCUUUGGUUCUCAUGAGAGAUAUGAUUUCUAUGGGUUGUAAAGGGAAGAUACUGAUUUACAAUGAUAUAAUUAGUGAGCUCUGUAAAGCAGAUAGACUGGAGGAAGCUUAUGAAGUAGUGAGGAUGAUGAUGGAAUUAAGGUUUGAACCAACCGAAUUCACGCAAAAUUCAAUCUUUCACGCUCUGUGUAAAAGAGAAAACUUUUCUGCUGUUCUUAUUUUGCUUAAGGAGAUGCGCCUAAAAGGGCAUGUACCUUGGAUAAAGCACUGUACAUUGGUGGUGGAUCAGCUUUGUAAAAAUGGUAAAGUAGAAACAGCUCAUGAUUUCUUAGAUUCUAUAGUCCAGGUUGGUUUUCUUCCAGAUUUAAUCGCAUAUUCUGCAGCCAUUAAUGGGAUGUGUAAGGUUGGUAAUGUGGAGAAAGCCCUGAAACAAUUCCGCAAUAUAUCUUCAAACGGCUUUCUUCCUGAUGUGGUUGCCUACAACAUUCUGAUAAAUGGUUUCUGCAAGGCUGGAAGGUUAAAUUCUGCUCAGGAAAUUCUGGAUGAAAUGGUAGAGAAGGGUUUAGUUCCUUCUAUUGUUACCUACAACUCCAUGAUUGAUGGUUUGUGUAAGGCUAAUAAAAUGAGUGAAGCACUUACGUGCCUUACUAAAAUGGUUGAUUCUACAAGAGAACCUAAUACUAUAACCUACACCAGCUUGAUUGAUGGCAUGUGUAGUGCUGGAGCUCCUGAUGAAGCAGUCUUGUUUUGGAAUGAAAUGAAGGAGAAGGGUUGUGCUCCGAAUGAGACAUCGUACACGGCUAUUAUUCAUGGAUUGUGCAAGUGUGGCAGAGCGGAUGCUGCCCUCAUAUAUUUCUAUGAAAUGAAGCAGUCUGGGUUUAGUCUUGGAACUUAUAUCUAUUUGUUACUGAUAAAUUCUUUGAUUUUGGUUGCUAAAAUGGCUGAAGCUUUUGAGGUUUUGAAUGAGGUCCUUCAAAAGGAUUGCUGCCCACUCAAUGGUUCUAAGAACCAUAGGCUGUUAAUGAAAGCUGUGACCAAACUGUUCGGGGAAAAAUCUCAUUUUGCUGAUUUGGGGCCAUGAAUUGGGAACUUUCUCUGAACAAUCUGAUAUAUUGAAGUUGGAUAGGAUGAAAUAAGAUCUAAAUCUGGCGGGAAAGUGCACAGGGCGUGUUAAUGGCUUGCAUGCUUGCUCAUCCUUACAAGUUCAUGACAAAAAUUAGCAUCUCAUGAUAGCGGAGUCUGACAAAAUUUUAUCUUAUUUAUUUCGUAAGAGAUUGCUUUUUCUCUUAGUGCGCCGUUCAUGAAUUUCAACGCUCAGAGAAGGCUGCAUCUCCUAUGCCAAGGUCAUUGAUGGAACUUCCAAUAAGUGUGAUAGUGGAGCUUCCAGUAUAAACAGAACAUAAGCAGGAUUGAUGCUCUCUAGUUGAAAUACCGACUCGAUUCGGUUUCAAAUUUCUUCUGCUAUAAUUAACAUCCGGGGGGAUGCUGGACAAAUGGAGCAUUUUAUGUAUGGAGGCUAAAUUGCUGCAGUAAGGUCUCUGAAGUCUUUAAUCUGAUAUCAAGCUAUAAUGCCACUCCUUGCAAUUUUCUUCAGCGAAGGAUUUGAAUUGAAACAAUUAAAUUACUUUGAGAAGAUAUAUAUAUAUAUAUUAGCGUACGCCGACCUAUUGAUUGGCAUCCUUGUAUAAGACCUCUCAAGUUGUGAGUUCGAAUCCUCUCUGGUGAUGUGAGGCUUAUAAGGAGGUGUUAUUCGAAUUGUUAAGACACAUUAGAAGUGGAUGGAGGCUCGUAUAAUUGCCUCUGGACAACAUCCAUAAUUACGGCUCCAUACGUGGGGGACAGGUUAAUUUUCAAUAAAAUAU